AUGCCUCGCGCAAUCCGAGGCGUUCUGAUCGAAUGCGAUCCCUCGAUCAAGUCCAUCAUCGUCAACAUCGACAGUACCAGCCACGACUUCAUCAUUGAAGACCUCGACGAUGAACGGGUCGUCGUCAAAGAGAACAUGGUUGCCUUACUGAAGUCGAAGCUCGAGGAUCGCCUCAAGGAAAACCUGCCCCCAGAGGAAGAGUCUGGGUCCGAGUAG